AUGGGUUCUCCAGCCCCGCCUAUCUUGCUACAGUUACCGCAGGAGCUACAAAAUGACAUCUAUUCUCUUUUAGAGGCUGAUGAUAUUAAAAACCUCCGCGUAACAUGCUCUGCAUUCCACAAGGCCCUUCCUCUUCAUUUCGACCGUGUCUUCAUAUCGGCCAAUUCUCUCAAUAUCGAUGUCUUCAACGCGAUUGCAAGCCACGAGACCUUCCGUCAUCAAUAUGAGGAGGAUGGCAACGACCCUGAGGAUGCGGCAGCGGAGAAUGUAUGCCCAUUUUGGUUCAAAAAAGGUUGCUAUGACUACGGUGAUCCAAGUCCUUAUGUUUACCCCGACGUCUAUCUUGGUAUCGAAGAAUCGUGGGCCUAUUAUAAACGACUACUCGAUGAUCAACGUCGGGUUCUAUCGUCUAAUGCUAAUAUCGAGGCCUUUAAAUACGGACUAAAGCGCUUUACUUCACUAAAGCGAGUUACCGUUACGCCGGCGACUUAUGGUAGGCUAGGGCAGCCACUGUAUAGGAUACCUAUGAUCCGGACAUUUCCUUCUGGUUUCGACUACCCUCUACCUUAUGCAUGGCCUUCCUUCGACGAUGAAAAACUCAUUGAUGCACUCCCAUGGGUUUUUGAAGAUGGCAACGACCCUUACCAGGAGAUCUAUGGUGCCGAGUGCACGGCUGAGGCCUACAGAGCUAAAUGGCGCGGAUUCCGUCUCGUCACUCGAGCCUUAGUGGAGUGCGAAGAUCAUACUAUUACAGAACUUAUCAUCGGAGGCAAUGAAAUCCAAUCUGGAUUAAAUUGCAGAAUAUUUGAUCAACGGCCCACCGAGUACGAUGAUUUUGUUACUUUGUUGAAAUGUCCUGGCCUUCUUGAAGAUAACGACUGGGUAUCGUACAAAACUGGACUCUUACACGAUGCUUUGGACCAAGCAACUGACCUUGAGCAUUUUUCCUUGCGUACCAGCAUGGAAGUUUCCCAUGGAGCGCCACAGCAGCUUGUUCCAGACGUCGAAGGGCAUGUAUUCCCAGUGCGGGCCAUCUUUCCCAUAAAUCACUGGCCACAUCUGAGGCAUUUCGGCAUUUCACAUAUGCUUGUGGAUCUUGAUGAUUUUAUUGACCUCUUGGCCACUUUACCAUCAUCAUUGCGCUCUAUCGAGCUCAUCCACGUGAGGCCCAAGGUACACAUGGUGGUUUCUGCGUUACAUGACCAUGUACAAGGAGAGGGAAAAUUUGUUGAGGUCGACGAUGUUGUUCAUUCGUAUCUAUACGAAAAUGGUGAUAACCCAUUUGAGGAUGACAAAUACGUUAUAUGGCCUGGUCAAGGCGGAGUGCAGCGGGAUAUCUUUAACCCAGACUAUGUGGCUCCCUACUAG